CCACCUGCCGGAGCUGUGGCGGCGCUUCGAGUUCGAGCUGGGCCAGCCCGACGCGCGGGCCACGCACCCGGCGCUCAUCAAGCAGAUCCUCAAGCGGCACGCCGGGCACCUGCAGUACGUCAGCUUCAAGGUGGACAGCAGCAAGGAAUCAGCAGAGGCUGCUUGUGAUAUCUUAUCCCAGCUUGUGAACUGUUCUUUGAAAACUCUCGGACUGAUUUCCACGGCUCGACCGAGUUUCAUGGACUUACCAAAGAUAGACGAUACACCAGUAGAUGAUCCAUCUCUCAAGGUGCUGGUGGCUAACAACAGUGAUACUCUAAAACUAUUAAAAAUGAGCAGUUGUCCCCAUGUUUCUCCAGCAGGAAUCCUCUGCGUGGCUGACCAGUGCCAUGGUUUGCGAGAGCUGGCGUUGAAUUACCAUUUGCUAAGUGACGAGCUCCUUCUUGCCUUGUCCUCUGAAAAACACGUCAGGUUAGAACAUUUGCGCAUUGAUGUUGUCAGUGAAAAUCCAGGACAGACACACUUCUACACUCUUGAGAAAAGCAGUUGGGAUGCUUUCAUUAGACAUUCCCCUAAAGUGAAUUUAGUUAUGUAUUUUUUCUUGUAUGAGGAAGAAUUUGAUCCAUUCUUCCGAUAUGAAACUCCAGUUACCCACCUUUACUUUGGGAGAUCAGUCAGCAAAGAAGUACUUGGCCGGGUUGGAAUGACGUGUCCUCGACUGGUUGAACUGGUGGUUUGUGCCAACGGAUUGCGGCCACUGGACGAAGAGUUAAUCCGCAUUGCAGAGCGCUGUAAGAAUCUGUCGGCCAUUGGCCUCGGAGAGUGUGAGGUCUCCUGUAGUGCCUUUGUGGAGUUUGUGAAGAUGUGUGGCGGCCGCUUGUCUCAGCUCUCUAUAAUGGAAGAAGUUCUGAUUCCUGACCAGAAGUACAGCUUGGAGCAGAUUCAUUGGGAAGUGUCCAAACAUCUUGGGAGAGUUUGGUUUCCGGACAUGAUGCCUACGUGGUAGAGCCUCUGAAGCAGACAAGGCCAUGUGGGGCAACCCCUUAGGUUGGGCCAACCUUGUGGCAGCUUAAUCAUACAAGCUUCUUAAUGAUCCUAGGGUCUGUCAAGCAUGGUAGAAAAUCAGUGUACUCUUUAAUGCUCGCUUCUAAAAUCCAGGUUUAUGAAGUGAUGGGGAGAGUCCAAAGAUGUUCCAAAAGUUCACAUAUGUUUUUAUAGUUUGCUUUUUUCCAACAAGACAGAUGCUAAUAUAUGUAGAGGUUGACAUGUGUUUACAUAUUCAGAUGCUGUAGUUCCAAAUCUUGCUCUGAUAAAUUACAGUAUUUUAGCCUGAUUCUUGGAAAUAUUACUGUGACUGACAUAAAUUUUUAAGGGGCAUAUAUCACUUUUGUUAUGUAGUCUUGGAAGCUGCUGACAUUACCCAGGUUGUGUAACAAUGAAUUGCUUUAAAUGCAGAUUUGUAAUCUGAGAUCCCAAACCAUAACUGUGGGCUGAUUGGUGUUUCUAUAACAUUAUAAAUACAGAGCCAUGGGACAAGGUAGCUGGGUAUACUUCUUUGUGGAAAAUGUAAAUAUUUUCUGUUUAUUAAAUCUCUCCAGAAAAUCUA